AUGCCAGAUUUGGAUCCGUCUUUGUCUAUUCAAGAUUCAAAUGCACGUACAUCCGAAGCCGAAGUUGCAAGUGCUGGUGAAACUGCAAGUGGUGCAGCAGCAGCAGCAAAUGCUGCUGCUACUGACUCAACCAUUAAAGUGUCGACGUAUCUGAGAGUCACUACAAUACCGCCCUAUGUGCUAGAUUCGAUAUCCAAGUUCUAUACCCAUGGAGGCAUACACGGGGAUCUAUCGGCAACAUUCAAGGCCAGUGAUGACCCCUAUAUAAAAGCAAUUGAUGGUAGCUGGUACCAGUUUAAAGAAUCUGUGAAGCAUCCCACGACGUACCCUGGAAAUAAAGUCGGUGUAGACAAGGAAUAUCUCGACACAUACGACUUGGAGAGUCCCUGGGGUGGAGAUGAAAGGCUAAAGAAGGAAUUCAACGAUUAUAAGGAGGCGGAUAAUCUAUCUAAAGGUGCCGGCAUUUUUGGAUAUUUCAGAAGAAAGGAAAAAGGAGAAAAUGACACUAGAGUAAUAUCAACUGCUGGGUACUGGAUGGGGCAAAACCGGUCACAGUUGAAACCGCGGCUUAAAAAGGUAUUUUUAUUUGAUCCUUUGGUGCCGUUGAUGCUACGAAUCAUUACCUUGAUAUUCUGUGUCGCUGCUUUGGCCCUUGCUUGUUCGAUAUUCAUAUUUUCCAAACACGAAUACGACGGACAUCCGGUUGAGCAACAAGCAAGCACAAUAAUGGCAAUUGUAGUGCAAACGUGUGCCUUGGUAUAUGUGAUUUACAUUGCUUACGACGAGUACGCGGGCAAGCCCCUAGGACUAAGAAAACCAAUGGGUAAAAUGAGACUUGUUAUGUUGGAUUUGUUGUUUAUUAUAUUUUCCUCGGCAAACCUUUCUUUAGCAUUCAACACGUUAUAUGAUGACGAGUGGGUUUGUCAGAUCUACCGAAAACCUGGAUUGGUAAGUUAUGAUGGUAUAUUUCCAAUAGUUUCUUCAAUAUGCAGAAGACAAAAGGCUCUAGCCUCUUUCUUAUUUGUUGUUUUAGUAACUUGGGUAUUGACAUUUACAAUUAGUUUGAUAAGAGUGAUAGACAAAGUGAAUACACCAAACUAG